GAUUCGUGAAUUCAAUUGCGUUGAAUUUUUUUUAUUAUGUUGCAAUAUUAUAAUAUUUUAGGUGCUAAAGUGACACACCAAAUUUUAGGUACUAAAUGUAAUUUUUGAACCCAUUUGGAGGACUAAAUAUUAAAAUAUGAAGCCUAAAAUAUAGAUACAUAUUAAAUUGAAAUUUCGAAAAAAAUUGCAUUUAAUCCUAUCUAUAUUUUCAGAACCAGAUGAGAGACGGAACUGAAAAAGUUAGUGAUUUAGGGUUCAGUGGUUAACCGUUACAAAAUCGUUGGUGAACCGUUGAUAGAAGCGUUCGUGAUAUAUAACAUAUAAGACUUGUAUAUUACAGUAAUUUAAGAAUUAAGUUAUCAUUGACCAUAAACAAUUCAAAUUCAUAUCAUCACUAAAAUAUAUAAUUAAAUCAUUGAAACCUUCUGACAAAUGAAAUCAUAAUUUUUUAAUUCAAAUUAAAAAUUAUGGUGCCAAUCGAUAGUGGACAAUGUAGAGUCGACAACAAAGUUGGAAAAUUAGAAGAGGAAGCAUACAUAAAAUUAAUAGUUAUGCUUUGAUAGUCUUAUGUUAAAGUAUUUUUCUUAAAAUUAUUCUGGUUAAAAUUAAAUGAGUGAAUAGUUAUAAACCGUGGUGAUUCAUCUAAUUUUAUGUUGUCGUAACUGGUUUGACGAUUCUACUAGCCCGAACAUUAAUCCGAUUUGGUUCUUGUAACAAUGAAUCCUAACCAUCUAUCCAUUGAGUUCGCAUCAAUGGCAAUAGUCACUAGAAGCACUAUGGUUGUCUCGAAAAACAUCGUUACAGGACCAAACGGUCUCGGUCACACGUGUGAUUGACCAAACUUUAAAGGUUCCUAAUUAAUUGGUAUUUGUUACCGUAUUAUCUAGUCCCCUAAAACUCAAUUUGUCAUCAAUUUCUUUUAAUUGGUGACCAAAUUGUUUAAGAGGAAUUUUGAGAAUCGGUGUUUAAUAUGAUUAUAAUUGCUCAAAAGUCAAAAUACAUAAACCUUCUCUUGCAACUACAAUAAUCUUGUAAAAUUUUUGGUUUCGGAAACUGUUUAUUUAUUUAUUAUUAUAACAUAUAGCUAGUGAGACAACAAUACAAUAUUCUUGUUCUCAUUGAAACUCCAUAUGUAACUACCUCUUCGGAUAUUAAUUGUCCUAAAGUAUGUAUGAACUUGUUAAUCCGCCUCACGGAGUGACUAGUUUGCUUCAGGAUGAUGUGAUGGGAAUUACUUUGAGCGUAGUGUAGUUGCCUCGGCUAUUCUGUAAUUUCUCUCUCCUGUUUGUUUCUUCUUCCUGGCUUAUGCCUCCUUUACGCAAAAAAGAAAGAAAAAAAAAAUUGUCCUAAGGUUUGUUUGAUAGCGUCUACAAAGCAAAGAGUACACCUCGUUCCUCUUCAAGCAAGACAUAUAUGUACAAGACGGAUGGGUUAACGAAUUGGCGCCGGUCGUUUUUGUCCUUAGGCCGCCGGCCGGGGAUAGGUCCGACCAAUAGUUUACGUACCGGCAACUAUAACAAAAUUGUUAUAUAUAUAUAUAUUAUCAUCUAGAGAGGAAAGAAAUCAUAAGUUCAUAACAACUGAAGACUAACUUGUCAGUAUUACCAUAUUGGCAUAUUACAUUAUGUAUAUAUAAAUACGGUCUCACUUCAGUUUAGUAUCAUGUAUAAUUUACCCUUCCACCAUUAAUCACCGUAUAAGAUUUUUAGAGGUUAAUUCGUACGUCCAGCCGAUCACCGGAAGAAAUGGCAACUCCACGGCGGUUACACCACUUGACGGCGGUUCUCGUCGCCGUUGCUGCUUUCUGCCUGCUCUCAGGCCAUCCCUGCGCCGGGAAAGAAAAGUUACUCGCCACUUUCUACACCCCUCCUUACAUACCGUCCAAGUGUUAUGGGAACGACGAACACGGAGUAAUGGUAGCGGCGGCCGACCAGGACACACUUUGGGACGGCGGCAACGCUUGCGGCAAGCGUUACAGAGUGAAAUGCUUACACGGGACGAACAAAGGCGUUGACGUGCCGUGCAAAGCCGGUCGGUCCGUGACGGUGAAGAUCGUUGACCUGUGCCCUUCCGGCUGCCGGGGCAACAUCGACUUGUCGGCCGAAGCUUUCAAACAUAUCGCCGAUCCCGACGAGGGCAAAAUUGUUAUCUCCCUUGAAGAGCUCUAAGUACACUUCGCUUUCUCAGGAAUUCGUCCAGAUGAUAUUGUCCAUAUCACCGUGAGUUCGAAUUUUGUUGUCAAUAAUCACGUAACGCGCACUGAACACGUUCGAGCUUUUGAUUCGGACGACGGCCCAUGGGGUUGGGAAUGCAUGAAAGACCUAUUUCCAAUUCGUAUCUUGUUGUUUCCUUAUAGGAUUAUCUUUUAAUUUACAAAAAAAAAAAAAAAAUUAGAACGUAGUUCGAUCUCGAUAUUUCCUCUCUUUUCGGCGUUUGUCUGCUUUCGUGUAAUACAUAUAGCGACGAAUAAUGAUGUUGCUUUCCAUGGCUUUUUGUUUGUUUAUCAUCAAAAUAAAUUAAUAGACGAUGA